UCCCGUCAGUUCUACAGGUUGUGAUCGCCACGCCCGGAAAAUGAUCCUUUAUUGAAGUGUUACAUUGUGUUGGUGAGUCGAUUCGAUAUGGACUUUAGUACACACAGUAGUCUGAACGACUCUGUGCAAAAUACACCGCUAAUGUUGCGGACUUACAGAGAUUUUUACCGGGCUACCGAGGGACAUUGUCGGUCAGGUAUGAAUGGAAAUACCAAUAACCCCGUUACCUUGAUUCAGAGUGGAAGUUGUUAUGGCACUGGAAGCACUGGAACUGGCUCUACCAGUGUGACCGACAUGUCAAACUAUGAGCACGAGCCAGUUGAGUGGAGUCAGGAAUUACUGGCUCAGAAACUGAGGCAGGUGGCCUUGGAAAGGGAGUUCGAAGAAAAGUGCCAAAAUGGACAUCUUGACCACCAAGUAAAUGGCCACUACCCCAUGGAUCGGUUUCAUGUAAGUGAAGGACACCAAGAGGCAGGAUCUACUGAUAGGAAGGAAUUAUCGGGAAUCGAAUUCAAGAAUACUUUUGCCGGCCGAAAGGAUUAUUUGAACCCGCGAAGUUUGGACGAGAUAGAGAUACGAAGUCCACGGGGUACGGUGCGUGGGUUCAAAAACCGAGUCCGGGCUGGUAUAGCGACAUUUGUGACAUCAAUCGAAGAAGAAGCAGAAAGUGCCAAACAGAAUAAAUAUCUCACCGAAGAGAAAGGAAAGAUCAUCUUCUAUUCAACGAGAAUACAGAUUAUACGGGAAACGUCUGAGAAAUGUAAAACUGUUCGGAAUAUUUUACAAACACACAUGGUGCGAUAUGAGGAGAAAGACUUAUGCUUAAAUCGUGAAAUCCAAAAGGAGUUGAAAGAACGUCUUGGGAUGGAGGAGAUCGAAUUGCCUCAGAUAUUUGUGGAUGGAAAAUUAUUAGGUAACGGCGAGACAAUCCAGUGUUUGAAUGAAACGGGAGAGUUGAGGCGAAUAUUCAAGCAUUUCCAUAAAGUCCGAGUGCGUUCAUCUUGUUCAAAAUGUGGCGGCUACAGAUAUGUUCCUUGUGAUGUGUGUCAUGGAAGCAAAAAGUCGCUCCAUCGGAAUUAUCGCUUACAGGAGUUCCGGGCGCUACGGUGCAUCAGUUGUACAGAAAAUGGACUAAUCAGAUGUGAUGCAUGUCUUGAUCAAAAUGACUUAUAACAGCUCAAAGCUGUGAACCUCAUGUAAUCUAAACAUUAUUGAAGUUAGUUUGAGAGAAAUGUUAAGUUUCUAUCAGUAUCCUUAAAGAUGCUAGUUCAGUGGAGUAUGCAUGGUUCACUGUUGUUCAGGAUUCUGUAAAAAUAACGCCUACCUGAAGUCACAACAAAUGUUUUUUUGAUGGAAUAUCUUGUUGCGUGAUAAUCUUAUUCAUACGCGCGAUACGUUUUUGUAAUUUGUAAAUAUUUGAAUUAGAAGUAUAUUCUUCUUUUCUCCUUUUAUCAUCAUUCCAAGUUUGCUCUGAA